AACUCACACAGAUGCUAAUCCGAUCGCGAACUUUCUGAUAUUUUUUAAAGAUCAACCAACUCGACGUUUCAGUCUCCGCCCAACCUGCGGUUAAAUUGAUUGAAUCUCUUGUUUUCGACAUCAAGUACAUCAGACAAAAUGAAGCACCUCGCAGCAUACCUCCUCCUCGCCCUCGGUGGCAACCAGUCCCCUUCCGCCGCUGACGUUUCGGCCGUCCUCUCUUCCGUUGGAAUUGAGGCCGACUCUGACCGUCUCGACGCCCUCAUCUCCGAGCUCAAGGACAAGGACAUCAACACCCUGAUCUCUGAGGGUGCUGCCAAGCUCGCCUCCGUCCCAUCUGGUGGCGGUGGUGGUGCUGCUGCCACUGGCGCCGCCGCUGGCGGUGCUGCUGAGGCCGCCCCCGCUGAGGAGAAGGAGGAGGAGAAGGAGGAGUCCGAUGAGGAUAUGGGCUUCGGUCUCUUCGAUUAA